AUGCUGUCCAGAACACUCGCCAACACCGCGCGCCGAGUGGCUACAUCAUCGGCACCCCGAUUCGCCACCCCUCGAACCCUCAACCCAGCCGCCAACGUCGCGCGCCGCUCAUACCACGAAAAGGUUCUUGACCACUACAGCAAGCCGCGGAAUGUCGGGUCCAUGGUGAAGACGGAUGUCGACGUUGGCACAGGUCUGGUCGGCGCACCGGCGUGUGGCGAUGUCAUGAAGCUGCAGAUCCGAGUCGACCCGGACAACAAUACCAUCUCCGACGUCAAGUUCAAGACCUUCGGUUGUGGCAGCGCUAUUGCCAGCUCGAGCUAUCUGACAGAGCUGGUUCGGGGCAUGACGUUGGAGGAGGCGGGAAGAAUCAAGAACACCGAGAUCGCCAAGGAGCUGUGCCUGCCCCCAGUCAAGCUACACUGCUCUAUGUUGGCCGAAGAUGCCAUCAAGUCCGCCAUCUCCAACUACUACACGAAGAACCCAACUGCCAAGUUGACGAACCUUGCUGGAACCGAGAUGAAGAUGCCUGGUGCGGGCGAGACAGUCUCUGCAACUGCAUGA